UGGCACCUUUACAUGCCUAGGACUCAGCUGAGUCACUCUGACAGAGCUCAGUGUUGCUGGGUUAUCUCGCAGGGGAGGACACGUUCUUCAUCUCUGACACUCUCGAACCUGCAGGAACAUGUUAUGCUGGGUGGCCGGGGCGGUGGUGGCAUUGGUUCUGGCCAUAAAGUUCGUCUACAGGUUCCAGUCCGGACGAUGCUCCUCCCACAGGAAACUGGUGGGCAAGACGGUCAUUAUCACCGGAGCUUCUGCUGGCAUGUAAAACCUAUCCACCUUCACUCUGGCAUGAAAGGCAUCGGGAAGGAGACGGCGAGGGACCUGGCCUCACGAGGAGCCCGCGUCAUCCUCGCCUGCAGGAACACUGACAAGGCCCAAAAAGUUGCAGAAGACAUCAUGAGGACUACAGGGAACAGGAAGGUGGUAGUGCGGCAGCUGGACACGUCAGACCUGGCCUCCGUCAGGAAGUUUGCUCAAGGCAUCCUGGCUACUGAGACCGCUCUUCACGUCCUGGUGAAUAAUGCAGGAAUAGUUGGCAUGGGAGAGAAGAAUCUAACAGCAGAUGGUCUGGAGCUGACAAUGGCCACAAACUAUUUUGGACACUUCCUGCUCACCAACAUGCUGUUAGGGCUGCUGAAGGCUAGCGCUCCGAGCCGGGUCGUCAAUGUUUCAUCUUUAGGACAUACGUUCUGCACAUCAAUUAACCCAGAUGACCUUAACUAUGAGAAAACACCCUUCCCUGGUUCUAGAGUUGUUUACGGUCACACCAAACUUGGCAACAUCCUCUUCACUAACGAACUUUCCAAGAAAGUGCAUGGAACAGGUGUGACGACCAACAGUGUACACCCAGGGGCCGUGUACACUGAGAUACUGUGGAAGACAAGCCACAAGAACAUACUCACCUACCUGUUUGGCUUUUUCUUCUGGCUGAUGGCUAAAGAUGAGAAGCUAGGUGCCCAGACUCUGAUCUACCUGUCAGUGUCAGAGGAAGUGGACAGUGUCAGUGGGAAGUACUUCGUUGAUUGUAAGCAAAGUAACACCUCCAACUUGGCGCAAGACCCUGAUCUGGCUAAGAAGUUAUGGGACACUAGUGAGCAGCUAGUGAAACUUAAACCCGAGGAGAAGCACUACUAGCGGCCUAUCACCGCCUGGACCCGGGGAGAGGCACUACUAGCGGCCUACCACCGCCUGGACCCGGGGAGAGGCACUACUAGCGGCCUACCACCGCCUGGACCCGGGGAGAGGCACUACUAGCGGCCUACCACCGCCUGGACCCGGGGAGAGGCACUACUAGCGGCCUACCAUCGCCUGGACCCGGGGAGAGGCACUACUAGCGGCCUACCACCGCCUGAACCCGGGGAGAGGCACUACUAGCGGCCUACCACCGCCUGGACCCGGGGAGAGGCACUACUAGCGGCUUACCAUCGCCUGGACCCGGGGAGAGGCACUACUAGCGGCCUACCACCGCCUGGACCCGGGGAGAGGCACUACUAGCGGCCUACCACCGCCUGAACCCGGGGAGAGGCACUACUAGCGGCCUACCACCGCCUGGACCCGGGGAGAGGCACUACUAGUGGCCUACCACCGCCUGGACCCGGGGAGAGGCACUACUAGCGGCCUACCACCACCUGGACCCGGGAAGAGGCACUACUAGCGGCCUACCACCGCCUGGACCCGGGGAGAGGCACUACUAGCGGCCUACCACCGCCUCGACCCGGGAAGAGGCACUACUAGUGGCCUACCACCGCCUGGACCCGGGGAGAGGCACUACUAGCGGCCUACCACCGCCUGGACCCGGGGAGAGGACUACUAGCCACCUACUAUCACCUGGACCCAGGGAGAGGCACUAUACCCAGCAAACACAAACGUUUGUGAACGUUUUUAAGAGGUGCCAGAAAUAAAUUAGUAUUAGUACUGAUUUAAAUACGUCUUUCUGACGUUAAAACAAUUAGAGAUACCUAAAAACAUAUAUUCUUGAGACACAAUUGUUUAAGAUUUAUGUAAAAACCUAAAAAUAAUAGUGGAUAUUAUGCAAUUAUAAUAUUUUCAUCCUUUACAUUUAAAAAUAAACAAUGUUCAGUCAACUUU